GUCAUUGCCCUAGUAAUGGAUAUGUUUACAGAUGUGGAUAUCUUCAAAGAAAUAGUGGAGGCAUCAGCCAGAGGGAUUUCUGUAUAUAUCCUCCUUGAUGAUUCCAACUUUGGUCACUUUUUAAAAAUGACAGAGAAGCAAGGAUGUCAAGUUCAGAGACUCAGGAACAUCAGAGUGAGAACAGUAAAAGGCCAAGAUUAUCUUUCAAAAACAGGAGCAAAAUUUCAUGGGAAAAUGGAGCAGAAAUUUCUUUUAGUUGACUGCCAGAAAGUUAUGUAUGGCUCCUACAGCUACAUGUGGUCAUUUGAAAAAGCACAUCUCAGCAUGGUACAGAUUAUCACAGGACAGCUGGUUGAAUCAUUCGAUGAAGAAUUUAGGACUCUAUAUGCUAGAUCCUGUAUUCCUAGUCCAUUUGCCCAGGAAGAAUCAGUGAAGGCAAAAAAUGGCAAGCCUCUCUGGGAAAAUGGCAAAUACCGGCACUCAGUAUCUUCUUUAGCUUCCUUUUCCAGCCAGAGAAAUCUUUUUGCUAGGCAAGACAAUCCUGGUUACUUUAAAAAUAGAGGAAUAUAUGCAGUCAAUGAACAUGACAGACCUAGCAUAUGGAAUCAUGGAUACAAACCACACUUUUUACCAAAUUUUAAUGGUCCAAAUAAAAUCCGCCAGCAUCAACCCAGUCAGAUAAAUGAAAAUUGGAAGAGACAUAGUUAUGCUGGGGAACAGCCAGAAACAACUCCAUAUCUACUGCUCAGCAGGGCUAUGCAUCGGGCCAACAAUCCAUCAACUAAUUGGAAAAUGCCCUCAGAUAGCCUUAGUGUUGCAUCAUCAUCACGAGGUGGUUAUAUGAAUCCCCGCCAUAUGCCUGCACAGAGCUUUGCAGACCGCCUGGCACAGCGGAAAACCACAAAUCUUCCAGAAAGAAAUUCAAAUGUACGAAGAUCUUUUAAUGGGACUGAUAAUCACAUUCGAUUUUUGCAACAAAGGAUGCCCACCCUUGAAAACACCACAAAAUCCUUCCUGCGGAACUGGCGAAUCGAAACCUAUUUAAAUGAUCACUCAGAAGGGAUGCCUGAUGCAAAUGGCUCAACUCCCGGUGACAGGUUUGAAGGUUAUGAUGGACAUGAAAAUAUUAAAGCCAAUGCCCUGUAUACUCAUUCUCGUCUUCGUUCAUCAAUUGUGUUUAAACCAACUUUACCAGAACAGCAAGAAGUGAAUAGUUGUACAACAGGAUCCUCAAACUCAACGAUAAUUGGUUCUCAGGGAAGUGAAUCAUCUAAAGAGAUAUCAAAUGUGCAACACUCUUCAGACCAAAAUUUACCAGAAUUAACUACAAAUCUCCAGCCACCUCAGUUAGAUGAAACAAAAAGGCACAGCUUGAAGGUUCUAGAAAACCACCAUGAACCUGUUUUAAAUCAAAAUACACAUAGCCCUCCUGAAUCAAAUAACUAUUUAUAUACAACUUUAGGUGUGAACAAACAGAUGGAAACUCUGAAAACUGAGCAAAAUGAGAACCUACUAAAAAGGAGAAGUUUUCCAUCUUUUGAACACUCCAAGGCCAAUCUGGAUCAUGGUGGGGGCAAGCACUAUGUAUAUGGCACGCUUACUAGGAAUAGAGUCAAGCAGCCAGAGAAACCCAAAGAAGAUUUAUUGAAGAGCUCUAAAAGCAUGCACAAUGUGACCCAAAACCCAGAGGGUGAAGAUGAAGACCUCAAAGGGGAAUCUUCAAGCACUGCCACCACCAAGUCCGUUUCUAUUGCUGCUCUUCUGGAAGUAAACAAAGAGGAGAUCCCAAAAGAUAUGUCUUCCAAGAAAGAAGUGAAGGGUUCCCCAAGUUUUCUGAAAAAAGGUUCCCAAAAACUGAGGUCAUUACUGAGUCUCACACCAGAAAAGAAAGAAACUCUGUCAAGAAAUAAAGCUCCUGCUUUUUAUAGAAUGUGUAGUAGUUCUGAUACAUUAGUUUCAGAGGCAGAAGAAAAUCAAAAGCCAAAAAAAUCAGAGCCAAAAAUAGAUUCAUCUCCAAGAAGGAAACGCUCUUCUUCAGCCAAUUCACAAGGCAGUAUCCAUAAGAGUAAGGAGAAUAUUGCUGUUGGAUCCCCUCUAGUGAGCUCAGAUGAGAACAGAACCAGCCCUUCCGCAUACCCAGUUGAAAAAGAGUUCUUAGAAAGUGCAGGAGAUGCUUCUGCUCCAAGAUUCAACACUGAGCAGAUUCAGUACCAAGAUUUAAAAGAAGUUAAGCCAAGGAUAGUCACUGAAAGAGCACCUCCUUCCUCCCCGAGGCCAAAGCCUAGCGACCUGCUACGGUCUCGUUCAACAGACAGGCGUGUGUAUAGUCGUUUUGAGCCGUUUUGUAAGAUAGAACGCUCUGUUCAACCCACAAGCCACAUGCCAAGCCCCAGCACACACCGUCCUGAGGUAAAGAACAUUAGUAGUGGCAAUAGCUAUGGUAGGACCAGUCCCUUGCUCAACUAUAAUUCUGCUGUCUAUCGCUCUUAUCAGCCAAAUGAAAAUAAAUUUCGAGGAUUUAUGCAAAAAUUUGGAAAUUUCAUACACAAAAACAAAUAGCUCUAAUUUCAGCAAUCUGUGCAAAAUUCUGAAGUUUCUAUGGACAUGAAUACUUGAACAGAUAAGACUAUGGGCAGGUUCUGUAAAAUGCAAAUGGGUUUCUUUGGGGAAAAUUUUAUCGCUAAUGUACAUGUUUACGUGAAUAUUAUUGCAUAGUAAAAGUCUACUUUUAUGUAAUAAAUUCAGCCUUUGACAUUGUAGCUGUAAUUUGUCCAAAGGAAGUUUUGAAAACAAUUUUAAAAUUAAUAUGAGUGAAAAUGUUUAUUUUUCUUUAGACUGAAGAUUUAAAAGUAUGAUAAUUCUUUGUAAGAGAAAUAAAUGGAAAGAUAGUGAAUACUUUUAAAUCACUAAUAUCAUUUUCUAAAGUCUUAAAAAAGAGGCGGUCAUGGUGUCAGUGGCUCUUUAAAUUGUAUCUUUCUGAGAUUUGUAGCCUCAAAAACAGAAGAAAAAACAAAAAGAAAAUCCACAAUAUUAUAAUGUCUUUUUAAUCAGCUUUAAAGUCUUCUACAGGGUAAGUUAGAACAUUUCAUUAGCAUGUUAUUCAUUUUCCUAUGAAGAAUAGCUAACUGGUUUGGCAGCCAAAGGAAAGUGUCAUUUGGAUGCCCCCCCCCCCGAUAUUUCAUUUUGCCAGAGCAAUCAGAAAAGUAUUAGCCUCUUGCAGUACAAGUGUGUCACAGGAUUUCUUCUCAACAAUGCUAUAAAUUUUUGAGAACUUGUUUCUGCCUCUGGAUGAAAGUAACUAAUUUUGAUUCCAGCUUCCUCUGGCCCUCCCUCAGGUUCCAGUUUACUGAAGUCCAUAUUUACCUUUAACCUGUAAAACCAACAAUAGAACUUGGAUGAGUUGCACUUUUCCCCACCUUUAUUUAACCUAGCAGCACCAAAGUUUCUUAAAAGAAAAAUGUAAUAUGACAUUAUUAGGAGAAAAAUAAUGAUUCUAAACAGCAUUCUUGCAAUAUCUUUAUCUACUUUUCAAGCUAAGCUAAAUACAGUAGAAUUGUAGUGUAUGAGAAAGGGCACUAUGUAACAAGUAGGGCCAUUCCUAGCCUGGCUAUGAGACUAAUUAUGUGACUUUGGGAAGAUCUAUUUAUCUUCCUCAUGCCCUAUUAUUUCUCUGUAAAUUGGAGAUAAUAAUACCUGUUGUCACCUUCUUAUAGGAGGUUGGUGAGGAGAACAGGAAACAAAAGAUGUGAAAGCACUAUUUAAAAAUAUGGGUUAUUUUAAAAUUGAACUUAUUCCAUUUAGUUGUAAAGAAUUUGCUGCAGCAACAAAGAAACUUAAUUUGAGAAAUAAAAAAUAUUUUUGUCACCCCUGCAAGUCUAUUAUUAUCAUUUUCCAAAUGAAGUAUUAAGCACCGUGUACUUGCAAGACCACUGGAUUUAGAGCCACAGAUCCUGACUGUCACCUGCUAUCUGUGAAAACUUGAGCAAGAUGCUUAAUUCCUUUGUACAUAAGUUUCCUGUUUCAUAAAACGAAGGGGUUGGACUAAGUGGUCUGUGCUCCCUUCCAACUCUAGAUCUGUGAUCAUUAAGUUAAUAUAGGUAAUAUUUUGCUCAAAGAAUAAAAAAAAAAUCUUUCAAUUAGGUAAUUCCUAUGUUAAAGACUUUAUUUCAAGAUUCAGAUAUAACUAUGAAACUAAAGCUAGUCAGUGCAGGGCAAAUUAAAAGACUUGUUGGAAAUUAAACACGUUUCUUUUCUGUAACCAUUAGUCUGCUUCUCAUUGUAUAUCGGUAGCAUUUUAAAAAUAAUAACAUGGAAGCCAGAUAGCUAGUAACUAAUAUCACAUCAUUUAUAAAAAUGAGAGUUUGCAUCCAUGUAUUAAUGUCCCAUAAUCUAUAAUGCUAAACAGGUUCAAUUUUAGUGUAAAACAGGGACAGGAUCUAGGAACUUUGCUCUUUCCUAUCAAUCAAUCAAAAUAUAUUAAGUGCCUGCUCUAUGCCAGACACCCUACUAAGCACUGAGGAUAC